GUCGUGUUUGCUUUCCACGCGUAUAUGUGGAACAAAUUGUGAAAACAGAAGAUUGCGGCGAGGUAAAAAAAGAUAGCGGCAAGAAACAGAGGAUCGCGUCCAGGAACGAAAAGAUACCGGCCAGAAAAAUACGGGGUCACAACGGUAAUCGAUUCUCGAUGACCAUAGACAUAACUUUGCAAUUACUCCGUACUAGUUCCCCAUUAGUCUGUAAGUAUGUGACAAAGAAAGAACGUUUCUCCAACUUAUUUUCUCCAUUCACACUUCAAAUUUCUUGCGUGAUGAAAAUAACAUGGCAGUCUCGGAAACCAAUUUCAUCUCUGUCCACACCCGCUAUGAAGUUCCCUUCACCAGAAAAGCUCCACCUAUUACUUCAACUCUGCAGCAAGUCAAAAGCACUAGACCAAGGACGACAGACCCAUCAACGCCUCAUUCUCCAAGGGCUAGACCAAGAUCCCUUCAUGGCCACAAAACUAGUCCAAUUGUACGCGGACUGUGGGGACUCGAAAUCAGCCCACCUCCUGUUCGACAAAAUGUCGCAACCGAAUGUGUUCGCUUGGACUUCAAUCCUGUCGGUUUAUUCGCGGCGUGGAAUGUCGGGUGAGUGCAUUGGGUUUUACUGCGAGAUGAAGUUGAAGGGUGUGGUUCCUGAUAGGUAUGUGUUUCCUAAGGUAUUACGGGCGUGUGCACAGUCUGGGAAUUUCAAAGUGGGGAUUCAAGUACACAAAGAUGUUGUUACUUGUGGAGAUGAAUUGAAUGUCCAAGUUUGCAAUUCGUUGAUCGAUAUGUAUUCGAAAUGCGGGGAUACUGAGGGUGCCAGACGGGUUUUUAGCGAAAUGGCCGAAAGAGAUUUGUUGUCGUGGAAUUCAAUGAUUUCGGGGUAUGUGUGUAAUGGGUUUCUUGAAUCAGCUUUGGAUUUGUUGGGUUCUAUGAGGUUGGAAGGUUUUGAGCCUGAUUUAGUCACUUGGAACAUGGCAAUGGACGUUUAUUGCAGAAUGGGGCAAUGUGACGAGGCUUGGAAGAUUUUUGAACAGAUUGAAGAGCCUAAUAUCAUCUCUUGGACCACAUUGAUAUCCGGUUAUUCAAGGAUCGGGAAGCAUGAAGUAACAUUAGAGAUCUUUAGGGAUAUGGUUAGGAAAGGUGAAGGUUUCCCUGAUUUGGAUUGUAUUUCCAGUAUCAUCGUUUCUUGCCGACAUCUAGGUGCUUUAAAAUGUGGGCGAGAAAUUCAUGGCUAUGGCAUUAAAAUGGAAACUGAGUGUGCAUUUUACAAAUCAGCUGGACCUGCAUUGUUGACGAUGUACGCUAGAUGUAGGAAAGUACGCGAUGCAACAAAUGUGUUCAACUUGAUGGACAACUCUGAUGUUGUCACCUGGAACGCCAUGAUUCUUACUUGUGCUGAUCUUGGAACGAAUAAAUCAGCACUUGACUGUUUCAGAAAAAUGCAAAGCAUGGGUAUAAAAAAUGACCAGACCACGAUUUCCACUGUUUUGCCAGUGUGUGAUCUUGAAUUUGGGACACAACUACAUGCGUACAUUAGUAAAAACGGUUUCAGUAACAGCCUUCCUGUUUGUAACGCACUGAUCCAUAUGUAUUCUAAAGGCGGAUGCAUCAAAACUGCAUAUUCUGUGUUUUCUGAAAUGGUGAGUAGAGAUUUAGUAUCUUGGAACACAAUGAUUGGAGGAUUUGGAAUGCAUGGGUUUGGUCAAGCCACCGUUCAACUUCUUAUAGAGAUGAAUAAAACCGGCAUUUGCCCAAACUCUGCGACUUUUACUUCAGCGCUAUCGGCUUGUAGUCAUUCGGGCCUUGUGGAUAAGGGGCUUGAAGUCUUCCACAGAAUGAAGAAAGAAUUUGGCUGCGACCCAAAAAUGGAACAUUUUUCGUGUAUUGUUGAUUUAUUAGCACGUGCUGGCCGUCUUGAGGAUGCUGUUGGUUUCAUAGCGAAAAUGCCCCUAGAGCCUGAUAAGUCUAUUUGGGGAGCUGUUCUUUCUGCUUCUCAAGCCCAACAAGAUAUUAAUUUUGCAAUGCUAGCUUCAGUACAUUUAGUCCAUCUUGAACCUGAAUAUGCUGGACAUUAUGUGACAUUGGCGAAUAUAUAUGCUACGGCAGGAAGAUGGGAGGACGCUGUACGAGUGAGAAAGCUAAUGGAGGGUAGAGGAUUGGUCAAAACUACAGGAAACAGUUGGAUUGAUGGUGGAAAAUGAGAAAUUGAAGAUUAAAUUAACUUCCAAAGUUUAUGAGUUUGCACAGUGUAUGGCCUGUAUAUUGAUGGCAAACUCAUUAGGAAUAUGUAGCGGUCCAACAAAGCAACUAAGGAGAUGCAAGUUUUGAAGUGACAUAUUUUGAAGCGUCACAAGUUCAAGCACAUUGGUUCAUGCAACUCAAAUGCAUCGGUAGGACAGAUUGACCACCCAACGAGGAUAAAUAGUUGCCUGUAGGCAGAGGACUGCAACCACUGCUUGGAUUCGAUGGGUAUGAACUUGGAGACUUUGCUUGAUCUUGAGGAGAAGAGUUGCCACCGUAUCCACAACGAAACUAUGAGCAGGUAAUAUGAAAUAUUUGAGGUGUUACUGUCUUUUUGUUCCUUGUGUGACUAUGAAUGUGUUACAGAUGAAGGAAAUACUUUGGAUGUAGUUGUGGUAUUGGUAAAGAAAAAAAUAUUGAUUGGUUAACAAGGUAAAGCGGGGGCACGGAAGAUACCCGCAAGUUGGGAUGGGGGAAAACCCCCUACAGCGGGGCGGGGAUGGGUUUUGGAACCCGCACAAGAUACCGUGUACCCAUCCCUAUUUAUGCCGAACCAAGGAACAGUGGCUUUGCAAUCCUUUCAAACUGCACAAAACCUUCCCUCUCAACUGAUUAUCUACCAUUUUCUAGGGUUUUGCAAGGACCUCAUGAUCUUCAGUGCGUGCUCAAGAAACAAGUAGAGACUCUCUGAUCCUGUUCAAUUGUUUUUUCAUAUAUAUACAAUCGUCCAGUGGUUGAAGAACAUCACUUGAUUCCAUAUGAAACUUGAAGGGAAACUCGAUAUUCUAUCACUAGUUCACAAAUUUCAAACAUGGGUUUCGAACUUUGCCUCAAGUGAAGUGGGUUUCAGCUUAUGGGUUUCAUAUAUCAUUGUCUGGUCUACCGGCUGUUGCUGGCUUUAUCUUGGCCCUAAGAGAUGGUAAAAUAAGAAAAUUUAAUUGCUUACCUUGGUCAUUGGAUAGUGGUGGUUCUUUGAAGAAGUGGGUCGUACCUGGAUUGCUAAAUCUUGGCAAUAAUUGUUUUCUAAAUGUAAGUUUACGGGUAUAACCAAUUUACCCAACUGCAUUUCAGUUAUCUGAAUCAUAUGUCAGUAGUUUCAGUGAACUCUAUUGAAUUCGAA